GAAAGCCAUAUUGGUUUUCUUGAGAUUGGUUUCAAACCCCUUUCCUCUCUCGCUCAAUUCAACGAACACCUCCCCGGCAACUCGGUUCUCGAAGAGUGGAGGAACUGAAACCUCCUUGUGCGGCCCAAGCCGCCGUGAUUCCAAACAUGGAGGCUUUGGUGGAGGCGCCCGAUGCCAGGAACAAGAAGAGGAAGCUGGAAACCGAUGGGUUCCAGGGCUUCGAUUUCUGCAAGCUGCGCCACGCCUCAUGGCCUAGAAUCUUGUGACCAAGGGGUUGGAUAUGGAUGCGCACAAUGCCAGGAACAAGAAGAAGAUGCUGGAGACCGAUGGGUUCCAGGAUUCCGAUUUCUUCAAGCUGCGCCUCAUGGCGUAGAAUCUUUGUGAUCAAGGGCUUGGAAACGGAGGCGAUGUUAAAUUUCUUCCUCCGGAACUUUCUCCUGGCUCUUUGCCAUGUUUCUUUAUCAGAAUUUUACCCAGGAACUGAGAGGUGAUGUGGCCUCUUCUGAGGUGCAAAAAUCCAACUGAAAUAGAAUCUUGUUCUGGAUUCAAUAGUGAUGAAUUAUUGGACAAGCUUCAAGAUGAUGAAAAACUGAAGGCACAACUUCAAUCUGGUGAUGCUUCAACUGUUCCAGAAAAAUUAUGACAAGCUACAAAGAUCACAAACAUCUCAGACAAUUUUUGGAGAUAGCACAUUUAAAAAUAAUGCUCAAGUGACGGAAAAUGCGAGGUAACUUGUUGAAGCAUUUCUUGGAAUUAUCUUUUAAGUUCAACUUCACUGACCACAAGCUAAGUCUUGUACAUUUGAGGUCAAGAUAUGCAUUAUUAGAAAUAAUCUGGAAUAAUUGUUAACUUGACUCCACUGAAAUCCUAGAUGUACUUUUCUUUCAUUAGUGAAAUCUCCUUUCUUAGAAAUCAACCGAUAUAUUUGCUAGCUCAACCCAAUUGAGCUCCUAGAUAGUGAACCGCUUUUGAAGACAAAAAUAUCAAAGUUUGAGGACAAAUACCUCAACUUCAGAAAAUUCAGCUGGAACAAUCACCGACUAAACCCCCUUGCAAAUUUAGUUUGUGGUCCUUCCAACAAAAGAAUAUCAUGGGCUUGGGCACAAAUUCCGCAUUCUAAAGUUUGGGGUCAAAUUUUCCAUCUUUAAAGAAACUUCCAAGUUCAUGGUUAAAUUCCCUUCUUCAAAACCUUCUAACUUUGUGAUCAAUUUUUCUACUUUUAAAAUUCUUCCAAGUGUGGAACCAAAUUCCUCACUCUGAGAAAUCUCAAAUGUAACCCACUCACUAUGAGAAAUCUCAAAUGUAACCCGUGAAGAAUGUACCAAGGCAUCACAUAUGACUAAAUCUUUCGCAUUCGGGUACAUGAUUGAUGCCAAUUUUGAACAAAAAUCCUAUUUUUAUGCUACAAAUUCUUCAUAUGAUUGAUGUACGUUAGAGGUAUAGAUUUGAUUUAGUCUUGCGAGAUAAGAAGCAAGUGAUAAAGGUUUGGUUUCAUGUGUGUCAUGCAUAUUUUAUCUUUUAGCACUUCAAUAUGAGUUCUCUCAAUCAGAAAAUUCUUGGCAUCUCAUGGGGAAUUAAUGAUAAAUGUAGGCGAUCAUUUAACGUAAGGUUUAUCAUUUCGGGUACCGAACUUGUCUUCAUGAUCUGUCAGACCAGUAUAUAACAGUCAAGAUGAAAAUGAGGGAGAAGAGGAAGGAGCGGUGGAGGAAUAGAGGAGGAAGGAGGAAAGAACGAAGAAGGAAGAAGAGGAAGCGGUGGAGAAGGAAGAAGAAGAAAGAAGAGGAGGAGAAGCAGCAGCAGCAUCAUACAUGAGAAGAGGGCUUGCAUUCACGAGCCCUAAUUUGUUUUUUUUUUUUCUUUUUUUAACACUGAGUUAGACAGGGCCCCACCACUUUUUUGUUUUUUAUUAUUUUAACCAGAUCGUCCAAAUCAGGGUGGUCUGUGUAUCAGCCCAUGCUCGAACUGAUACAUACCAUCUGUACCAUACCAUUUUGGGCAGUACAGCAGUCCUUGAUUGAACGUCUCCAGCCAUUAUUAAAUAAAAACCUUCACUGGUGAAGUCACUGAGGUUGUUUACAGACAUAUAUAUGUAAACCUUAAGUCUCUUUUAAGGAUAGAUUUAUAAUCCCACAAUUAACUAGUUCAAGAAAAAAAAGAAUGCAUCCUGUCUCAAGUGAAAAUAGUCGAUGAAGUUUCCAUUUUGGUUCCAGCAUGGGUAGACCUCGUGUAUUUAAGGGUUCAAUGUCCUCCAGGUCUCUCUCCUUAAGCUAGCAACUAGGCACAUAGAUGAAGCUUAUUUCUAUCUCAAGAGUUAUAUUUGGGCAUGUUUCUUGUGAUAUUACAGCAGCAGCAAACUACCAAUGAUCAAGGAUUAAUAUGACAUUUUCUCUCUUUGGUGAUGUUCUUUGCUUUUUCUCUGCUUAGAUCCUGUUAAACAUUUAAUUGACAUAUGGUUGAUUGCUUGCUAGUAUUACAUGUUAUUAUUGGUCAAGUUGAUUUCCUGUUGAUAAAUAUUUCUGGUUUCUAUAAUGUUGGAAGCAAUACAUACAUACAUAUAUAUAUAUAUAUAUAUAUAGUACACUUGCAAUAUACAGUCUGAUGAUGCAAUAAAAUAACGGUUGUAUCCCAUAUUAAAUAUGCAAGUUUCUUUGGCUUAAAUGUUAUUUAGCAAUUAAUUGAUAUAUUGUUGAUCAUUUACUAAUAUUGCAUGUGUGAUUAAUUAUUGAAUUGUUUUCUGGUUGCAAUGUGAAAAGAUCUCUUUAAAUGCUUCCAGUGCCCAUAAUAUGGGAAUAUAAGUAUGAGCAACUAGUACACUUGCAGAAUGCAUGCUGGCAAUGUGAUAGCAUUACAACUGAAUCCCAUAUAAAUAUGCAAGUUGAAUUCAAAAACAUACAAGUGUUAUACGUCGAUGAUAUAAUAGCAUGACAGCUGAAUCCCAUAUGAAGUUGAAUUAUGCAAGUUUGGUCUAGCUUUUUUUUUAAUUUCAGCCCUCAGGUUUGAUCUGAAACUUUUGUAACUAUGUUUGAAUUUCUUAAUAUGUUAGUCAAUUACAUUAGAUCAUACUAGGUUGCAAUGUAAUCUAGGUUCUGUUUUGAAUUUUAUGUUUGUUGCAUGUCUGGAAUUUGAAUUCUCAAGAGCGUAUUUUAUCACAAGCAUCCAUCUCAUCGAAUUCAAUUUAUCUCAGCUAUUAUUUGAAAUAUAAUUAAUAAACCUUUUCUGUAUCUAUCAAUGUAAGAUUUUAGAUGGGUUGACAACAGCACAAACUUUAGCAAUUUUAGGUGAAAGCUUGCAAUUGUUGUUUCUUUCCUACGUUAUCUUUCCUUUUUUUUCAUUUAUUCAAUCUUCUUUCCUCCUAGUGAAUGAUUGAGUCAUUCUAAUCCAUGUGACUUUGGAAGUUUGGACUGAAGACUGUUCAAAAGGUUCAGCACAACACAAUAGCACAGUGCCCCUCUCGUUGUAUUGGGUUUGCUGCAUUUGAUUCUCUUCGAGAACAUACUGGUGGAUCACGUAACAGGAUUUACCUAACAAAGUCCCCUUCAGAAGACAAGAAACGUUUGCCCGUAAUUGUUGCCUCAUGUUGGCCAUUAACUAGGAUUAAUUAUUGCAAAACCCUUGUUGACUUUUUUCAUCUACUUUCUCCAAACUUAGACUGAAUUAAUGGAUGGGCAGAUGCAGGUUAACUUGGAGCAUCAUGCUCCCCUACUAUAUGUUUCUAUAAGACCCAGAUAAGCAUAUGCAUGAACUGGCAGAAAGUUAUUAAAUAUGAAAAAUAAAACUUAACUUUGGCAACCAGAGUGAGAUAUAAAUUGUUCGCAUACAUGGUUGUCAAACCAAGGUUUCCCUCCUGUUUGUUCUCUCUCUCUUUCUUUCCCUGCUUUGGCUCCCUUCUUUACAGGAUGGUGUCUAUGUCUGAGCAAACUUCUCUGCAGCUCCCUGUGCUGGACUUCUCUCAACCAGUGCUGACCACCUCCCUCUCUUCGCUGUACCAAGCAUGCAAGGGCUGGGGCUUCUUCUACAUCACCAAUCAUGGCAUCAACAAAGACUUCUACGACCAUCUUCGUGCUCUCGCUCAUCAAGCCUUCAACCUCCCAUUGGAUGCCAAGAUCAAGAUAGGGCCGUUGACUGCGGUGGGCACUUACACUCCUCACUUCAUAGCAUCGCCAUUCUUUGAGAGCCUCCGAGUCUCAGGUCCAAACUACUUUGCAUCAGCAAAGGGAUCAAGUGAUGCCAUCUUUGAGCAACCUAACGUCGAGUUCUGCCACAUAUUGCAACAGUAUGGGGAGGCCAUGGUAGACCUAUCUAGGAGGAUCUUGGCAAUCCUUUUGAUCUGUUUGGGUGAUGGAAUUGAGACCAAGUACUAUGAUUCUGAGUUCAGUGCGUGCCAUGGAUAUCUAAGGAUAAACAACUACUCGAGACCUGAGGAAAGUAGCAUGGGCGAGGUGGAAGGGCUCGGAAUGCACACUGACAUGAGCUGCAUAACGAUACUGUAUCCCGACGAGAUGGGUGGGCUUCAAGUGCGAUCAAAGGAAGGUAAAUGGGUGGACAUAAUGCCGGUCAAGGGGGCACUGGUUGUUAACAUUGGAGACUUGCUGCAGGCUUGGAGCAAUGGACGUUUACGUUCGUCUGAGCACCGGGUGGUUCUGAAGCAAACGGCCAACCGGUUUUCACUUGCCUUCUUCUGGUGUUUUGAGGACGAGAAGGUUGUGGCAGCACCGGAGGAAGUGGUGGGGGAUGGGGGGAAGAGGAUCUACAGGCCAUUUGUCUGCCGAGACUACAUCAAAUUCCGAGAGAACAGCGAGCGAGGAAGGUUCGACAAGGUCGGCUACACGGUCGACGACUUUGCUGCAACACAAGAUGCAUGAUCCAGAGAGAUUCAAUCAAAGCCGUUUCUGUGUCUGUGUAUGUGUGCGCAUCAAGUUGUUACUGCUUGUUCAGUACAUUCUUUAAUCGAUGGAUUAGUAGUUAGAUUUCCUUUGGAUA